GAGAGUAUCACAUCUUCACAGCCGUCGCUCAUCGCGAGACUAUCAUCCAGUCCUCUGCCUGAAUCCAGCUGGUAUCCUGCCUGCGGUUGACGGUUGUGUUGCAGUUGAGGUGAGAGACGGCAGUCAUCAUGGGGAACAUCUUUGGAAACCUGUUGAAGAGCCUGAUAGGCAAGAAGGAGAUGAGGAUUCUCAUGGUGGGGCUGGACGCCGCUGGGAAAACCACCAUCCUCUACAAGCUGAAGCUGGGAGAGAUUGUUACCACCAUCCCCACAAUCGGUUUCAAUGUAGAGACGGUGGAGUACAAAAACAUCAGCUUCACCGUGUGGGAUGUGGGUGGCCAGGACAAGAUCCGUCCCCUAUGGAGGCACUACUUCCAGAACACCCAGGGUUUGAUCUUUGUGGUGGACAGCAAUGAUCGUGAGCGGGUGAACGAAGCUCGGGAGGAACUGAUGAGGAUGCUGGCUGAGGAUGAGCUGCGGGACGCUGUUCUUCUCAUCUUUGCCAACAAACAGGACUUGCCCAAUGCCAUGAAUGCUGCAGAGAUUACAGACAAGCUGGGCCUGCACUCCCUACGCCACCGCAACUGGUACAUUCAGGCCACCUGCGCCACUAGUGGAGACGGUCUCUAUGAGGGACUGGACUGGCUGGCCAAUCAGCUGAAGAACAAAAAGUGAAGAGUCCAGUCAGUAGAGUGGGGAAGAGCCUGGGUGCCAGCUCCAGGGUAGUGGUUAUAGUGGAUCCAUUGUGUUUACAUGGAGAGGCAGUGCUGAAAAGCUCCCACGGGGUGACUCUCAAUGGCUUCCUCUCCCCAAAAAUACUUGUUUGUAUUCUCCUUUAUUUUGGUUAUUUAUUUUGUUUGGAUCUGCGUGAGCGUUUUUAAAUACCAGUGGUGUUGAAGUUGACCUAAAUGACUUACAUUCUACAUGCUGAAGACAUAAAUAUUGGGAUCUAAUAGUAUAAUGUUACUGUAAAGGCAUAUGUAUUUCCCCUACUUUGCAGUUUCUUUAACCUUUGACCUACUUCACCUUUAAUUUGUUCAGAAAUGGGAUGAUGUAGAUUCAUGAUGGCAGAGCAACCGUAAUAUACUUUAAACUUAAUGUAAAUUAUAAAGAAUAUCAAAAUAGUAUAGUGGGAGUACUACUACUAUCUAAAAAAACAGUGUACUUAUACAGGCUCAGCUAAAUGUGAAAUUGUCCUAUUCUCUCCAUACUUAUGUUUUAACACUAAAUGAUGCGCUUCAGAGCUCAAUUUGUGCAAAAAAAAAAUAAGAAAUGUAUAUUUAUUUUGGAUUUAAUGCAAAUAUGUUUAUUAGAAUUCUAUUUAUUUUAUUAAACACAAAACCAGAUGACAUACUCUUAGUCUGAAACUAUUUAUAUUUUCAUCAACAUUUAUUUAUUCAUUUAUAUUUUUAUUGGUUUUAUUUCAUUAUAAUUUUGUAUGAAAUGCAUCAAAUGGUUCUUUUCCCUUUAUUGCAAUGUGCAUUUACUUCUAAGGCAGCUGGGGGAAACAGGUGCCCUGUUAACACUGUAUAUUACCUCUUCCCAAUCUGCAUGGAGAUAUCCCAGUCCUUGCUCAUGAGCUUGUCAGAGCUGUGAACUACUGCAGGCCACUGCUGUAAAUACAGAUUUGUUCUUCGUCAACUUGCCUGGCUCAAUAAGGGUUAAAACAUUUUGUCUGGCGGAGUCAGUGAGAUGUGAUAUCUGAACUGAUACAGAUGACACUGUCCCAGCCCCGUGGCUUUGGAAAAAAAUGCUGCAAUUGGCUCGUGGAGAUUGAUGCAGCAGAGCAUGUGAUUGGCAAUAUCAGAGACCUUACAUGAUUUUCGAAUGUUCAUUUUUAAGUCAGUUUGUACAAGCAGCUGCACUAUAUCCGGCAAAAAAAAGCUCACAUUGCUUGUCAUCCUGAUUUAUUCAUCCCUAUAAUUGGCGUGACAUUGCAAGUGUUUCUUGUGUUAACCUUAUCUCUGUGCAUUAUCUUGCACACUAUAUCAGAUGCAUUAUAGUUGUUCAAAAUGUAAUGUCUGUUUCUUUCCUGUUUUUUUUUAAAGGAGUAUUUAUUUAUUUUGGACCAAAAGGCAAGUGUUGAUUUUAGUGUUGUUUUUCCUAAUUUGAAUCAGUUGUCUUUUUGAGUGUCCACACAAAUCACACAAAAUGAAAACAUAGGAGAGAGGAUGAUAGUAAUACUGCAUCAUAAGGCAUGUUAAUACUGUACAAGAUCUGUAAUAAAAGUCAAUUAUA